CCAGGAGAUGGUACGGACGACCCACAAUUUCUGUCAGAAAAAGUGUCUGGUUAUGAAACCAACCUGUACCUCUACUCGGAGGAAAUGGAGGAUAGGCCACGAAUAUCCACCCUGAUCAACUCCCUUGCAAACUACUCCAACACCAUCCCUCCUGCUUCGAACGAUCCUGAUUCCAGGCCAGCAGGAGGCGGUGCCCGAAUGGGCACCCUAAUCGGCGUCUAUCUGCCGUGCAUCCAAAAUAUUUUUGGUGUCAUUUUAUUCAUCCGUUUAACUUGGGUCGUAGGUACGGCUGGUGCCAUUCAAGGGUUUCUCAUCGUUUUAUGUUGUUGUUGCGUUACUAUGUUGACCGCCAUUUCGAUGUCUGCGAUCGCCACAAAUGGUGUGGUGCCGGGAGGCGGCAGUUACUUCAUGAUAUCAAGAUCGAUAGGGCCUGAGUUUGGUGGAGCUGUGGGCAUGCUGUUCUAUACUGGUACCACCUUGGCUGGUGCGAUGUAUAUCGUUGGAGCAGUGGAAAUCCUGUUGAUGUAUAUGACGGACAAACUCACUUUGUUUGGUGAUAUCACUAACGAUCAGGUGAAAUUCAACAACUUUCGUGUCUACGGCACAGCACUUCUGAUAGUGAUGGGAACGAUAGUGUAUCUUGGAGUGAAAUUUGUCAAUAAAUUUGCAACAGUGGCUCUGGCAUGUGUACUUUUCUCCAUUUUAGCUGUAUACAUUGGAAUUUUUGUCAAUAUCAACGGAAAUGAUAAGUUACAUAUGUGCGUACUGGGAAAACGUUUGUUGAAACUGGAUAAUACUCUGGAGGACUGUCACAAAAACGAAACUGGCCUUUUGCAUAAAAUGUUUUGUUCAAACGAAACAUCAGUAUGCGAUCCAUAUUAUCUAGCUCAUAAUGUUACCAUCGAAAGAGGCAUCAAGGGACUAGCUUCUGGAGUAUUUUUUGAUAAUAUUUAUGACGGUUUUCUGGAACAAGGUCAGUACAUAACCUCUGGGAAGCUUGUAGAAGAUUUCGAGCAGAUGGGAAGCCAACAUUACAAUCAAGUGUAUUCCGAUAUCACAACGACGUUUACAAUUCUCAUUGGAAUCUUUUUUCCUUCUGUUACGGGUAUCAUGGCGGGAUCCAACCGAUCUGGCGACCUUGCUGAUGCCCAAAAGUCGAUUCCCGUUGGCACCAUUGGCGCUAUAUUGACUACAUCUUUGGUGUAUCUGUCAUCAGUUCUUUUAUUUGCUGGAACUGUCGAUAAUCUACUUCUUAGAGAUAAGUUUGGUGAAUCGAUAGGAGGCAAACUUGUAGUAGCUAACAUGGCUUGGCCGAAUCAGUGGGUCAUUCUGGUAGGUUCAAUAUUAUCUACGUUAGGAGCUGGUCUGCAAUCCUUGACUGGGGCACCUCGCCUGCUUCAAGCCAUAGCUAAAGAUGGCAUAAUACCAUUUUUGUCGCCUUUCGCAGUUUCUUCUAGUAAAGGAGAACCGACAAGGGCUUUACUCCUCACUUUGAUUAUUUGCCAAGGUGGCAUUUUGUUAGGAAAUGUGGACAUACUAGCACCACUGCUCUCCAUGUUUUUCUUGAUGUGCUACGGAUUCGUCAAUCUGGCUUGCGCUCUACAAACUCUACUGAGGACUCCAAAUUGGAGACCCAGGUUCAAAUAUUACCAUUGGUCCUUAUCUUUCAUUGGACUAUCGUUGUGUAUUGCCGUUAUGUUCAUGUCUUCAUGGUACUUGGCCCUGAUAGCAAUGGCGAUGGCAGGGAUUAUUUACAAGUAUAUCGAAUAUAGAGGGGCUGAGAAAGAAUGGGGCGAUGGCAUAAGGGGUUUGGCCCUAUCAGCAGCUAGAUUUUCGUUAUUGCGUUUAGAAGAGGGCCCACCACAUACCAAGAACUGGAGACCGCAGAUUCUAAUUCUUGUUAAACUGACUUCUGAUUUGUUGCCAAAAUACAAAAAGCUGUUUUCAUUUGCAGCUCAGUUGAAAGCAGGUAAAGGUUUGACUAUCUGCACUUCUGUGAUUGGUGGAGAUUUUACUAGGUCAUACGGAGAAGCCAUGGCAGCCAAACAAAGUCUCAGCAAAACUAUGGAGGAUGAAAAAGUAAAAGGAUUUGCAGAAGUACUAGUCGCCAGAGAUAUCAUCGAGGGAUUAUCAAAUCUAGUGCAGACUGCUGGGUUGGGCGGUUUGAAACCAAACACCGUGAUUUUGGGUUGGCCUUAUGGAUGGAGGCAAUCCGAAGACGACCGCACGUGGCAAGUGUUUUUGGAAACUGUAAGGAACGUUACUGCUGCUCGUAUGGCUCUUCUGGUUCCGAAAGGAAUCAACUUCUUUCCAAAUUCUACAGAUAAAGUCAUCGGUAAUAUUGACAUCUGGUGGAUCGUGCACGACGGAGGUCUUCUGAUGCUGCUACCAUUCUUACUGAAACAACACAGGACGUGGAAAAACUGCAAAAUGCGUAUUUUUACUGUCGCUCAAAUGGAAGACAAUUCUAUUCAAAUGAAAAAGGAUCUGAAGACAUUCUUGUAUCAUUUAAGAAUUCAAGCUGAAGUCGAAGUGGUUGAAAUGAUGGGGCACGAUAUUUCUGCGUAUACUUAUGAAAGAACUCUGAUGAUGGAGCAGCGUAACCAAAUGCUCCGCGAGCUACGUCUAAACAAGAAAGAAAGUUUGGGUAUGGUACAGUCUAUCGUUGAUCAGCAUCACCAGAAUUCUGACUCCAAGUCAGGGACUAAAGUUCGUUUCCAGGAACCCGGAGCAGAAAGUGAUAACAAAACGGCAGCAGAACCUAUAAAUGAGCUCAAUUCUGAAUCGAAGGAAGAUUCUGACAAUGUGAAAGAAAAAGACGACUCUUCGGAAAAUGAGAAAGAAUGUACAAAUGAACAUAAUAACUCUAAUUCUGUAUCAGAAAAUAGUAAAUCCACUAAAACUCCUGACGAAGGUAACGUUCGUCGAAUGCAUACAGCUAUUAGGCUGAAUGAAGUAAUAGUCAAUCGUUCCCACGAAGCUCAACUAGUUAUUUUGAAUCUUCCAGGGCCUCCCAAGGACACCAAGCUGGAAAGAGAAUCCAAUUAUAUGGAGUUCCUGGAAGUUCUGACAGAGGGUUUGGAAAGAGUUUUGAUGGUGCGUGGCGGAGGACGAGAAGUGAUUACCAUCUAUUCGUAAUCUUUAUGCGACUCUAAGCCGGAAGCUAGAUAUACAUCUGCAGGCUUCUCGAAGUAAUCAAAGAACAUUAAUUAUAUAUUUGGGAUGGAGGUGACUUACCAGUAUUUUAGAAUUUCGGAACAAGAAUAGUGAUUAUACCAGAGAGAUACUUAUUUAUUCUUCUUAAUGUUAUAGAUUGUACAGAGCCUGGUGUGCAUGAAUUGCCUCCACCUGGGUUUCGUGAUUCUUUCAUUUUAUGAUGAUGUAUCAAAUCAAAAUGGAUGUUACGUAAAGUGCUCAUUUUUUAUAAACCAAUGACUAGCCAUGCCAGAAUCGUGCAAGUUUUAGUAGAUCGUAAAAUGAAAUCAAAUAGUUAAGUACACGAGUGUUAGUCUUGUAGAUUUCGUUCGACUAUUCUGCGAAAUUUAUCACUUGCACUCUUGAGUGAUAUAUCCCUUUAUAGUAUUUAUCACUAUUCAUUCUUUGACAUAAACUGACUGCAUAUUGUUGUGCAACAGUGCAUUUUCUCCGAUUGGUUUCGCUAUUUCGUUCACAGGGCGACCGUGAAAGUAUAUUUUAUUACGUAAAGUAUGCUUUUUAACUGAUGUGCGUGCAUUCAUACAUAUAGAGAUGUUUUGACAGUACUGACAAAUAAGCAAUCUUUUCAAUGCAGAAUUGAAUUGAAAAUGUAUGAAAAUAGGAAAAAAACUCUUGUUCCGCUAUAGAUACCAUACUUCAUAAAUGAACUUAUGAACUCAAUAAUUAUCACAUAGCAUUAUUAAUUUUUUGAGUACCAUCGAAAGCCUCCAUUUUAUUUCUUUUAUCCAUAUUUCAAAUAUUGAAAGAACAAUAUUUGUAGUUCAGUUUAGUAUCAGUUGGGCUUCAAGAAACUGAUGUAUAUAUAGGUUUUAUAUGAAAAUCUCAGAAGAUGUUUUCAAAUUAUAAAUAUUCCAGAAACCAUUCAAUAGUUUGAUGGAACUCGAAAUGAUCAAAUUGAAAAUUCAUAGCCUGAGAUCCGUCAAAAAAUUCGUCAGAGCGUUUUUACUACAAUUGAUGCAAAAUGCUCAAAAUAUAUUUUAAUGUUACCGUGGAGUGUACGAAUGCACACACAUUUUCGAAACCGAAGCACAAAGCUCUUGAAAACGUUUAACACCAUAUAUGUGACAAAUCGUAGAUUCUUCCUGUUGCGUACGUUAUUCAGUUACAGUCAGAUUUUUUUUUUGUAAAUCUGUCGAAUAGUGAAAUUAGUCAGUCAGUAUUAUGUUCUUUUAGAUGGUAAUGAAACAUGUUCUCAUGUACCUAUGAAUAAAUUAAGGAUUUUGAGCAA